AUGUACAACUAUCAGCCUAUCACGUCCUGCCCAAACUGUUGGGUGCAGGCUCGCCCUGCUGUUGAGGUUCGCGUGCUCGAGCUAGACCUGAGCUCAUUCGCUGCCGUCCGCGAGGCAGCGGAUACUAUCCUCGGCUGGGAUGGUGUCCCCAAGAUCGAUGUCCUUGUCAAUAACGCUGGCGUUAUUGGGGUCGAGUGGGCACGGUCUGUAGAUGGCUUCGAGAUGACCUUUGUCGUCAAUCAUCUGGGGCACUUCCACUUCACCAACUUGAUAAUGAGCAAGUUUCUGGCAUCGGAAGCACUGAGGGUGGUGAACGUCAGCAGUGAGGGCCAUCGUUUCAAUCAGAUCCGCUGGGGGGAUUAUAACUUUCAUGAUGGCGACACUUAUAAUAAAUGGCAAGCCUAUGGCCAAACCAAGAUAGCGAAUAUGUCUACACCCAGGCUUUGUAUUCACCACCUUUCUGAACACAUGAACUGGUGGAAGGAACGUUCAGCUAUCCAGGCUGUGGACGCUGCACUCGGGAAUGUAGAGGAUGAGGUUGCAUUCAAGUCAGCCAAGCAGGGGCCAGCAAUCCAUAUCUUCGCUUCAUUUGCACCCGGCUUGGAAGUCUUUCAGCGUAUAAUGGCGCGUAUUUUGACAGGUUGUCAUGUUGCCGACCCUUUUACUGAGACUGUGAAGCCAUGGGGAACCAGUGUCGUCGAAGCAGAGAGAUUGUGGCAGUUGAGUGAAAAGCUUGUCGGUCAGGAAUUCGCCUACUGA